GUGCUCGGAGUGGGGGGGUGGGGUUCUUGGUGUGGCUCCAGACAUCUGUGGGGCCAGAACCGUGAAAUAUAGGGAGAUUUUAUUCCCGGUUUAGCUGAGGAUGUGUAGAACCGCAGUUGUUGGCAUGUCGGACAUGUCUGUAGAAGGAUCCGAGGGUUAGAUCAGUGAUGGGACUCCCACGCAGAAAAUGCUGCCCUUUCCCAUAGAGCACGGCUGUAACGCCUCUGGUCCGUGAAAAGUUGCAGUAGUAAGGUGGCUUGAGCUGAGAUACUUGUCUCUUAUAUAAAAGGCAUCGUAGGUUAGGUUCCUUUCCAUGGGUAAGACGUCCCAGAGGUCCCUUUGUGCCUCCCAAGAGGUGUUCCCGAGAUGUGACCUCAGUUGGGGUCCAGAGCAGGGGAUGGCGCACAGCCGGGAGCUGAUCCCUUUCCCAAACUGCCUGCAUCAGUCCCACCUCAUAGAAAACUUGCCUUUGAGGUCUCCAGCGUUUUUGUUAUAAGAUGCUCCCAUAUCUUAGUGACUUUUGAUGGAGAGGCAUCCAGCUCCCAUCUGAUUUACUCCCAUGAGUAAAUCGUGAAGGACUUGAUACAGGAGUCCUGUACAGUGCAUGAAUGCCUCCAAACCUGCCUCUCUGAACACGUGUACGUGAUACUAACAUCGGCCUGUCUUCAGCAGCACACGUUCUCCUGCUCCUCUUGUUUUCCAGUUGGUGGAAUAACGUUUCAUCGGAUCCUUUUACCACAUUUGAAAGGCAAACUCCCUUUGCAAUCUGAAUCUUUCCACCAUGAAACAGCUGCCUGGAGAGACAAUUCGACUUCUUUCAAGUUCUCAGGUGAUUACUUCAGUUGUCAGUGUGGUGAAGGAGCUGAUAGAAAAUUCCUUGGAUGCCAGUGCUACAGGCAUUGAUAUUAAACUGGAGAAUUACGGGUUUAGCAAAAUAGAAGUAAGAGAUAAUGGCAGUGGGAUCAAGGUUGAUGAUGUCCAAGUUAUGGCAAUCAAACACUACACCUCAAAAAUCAGCUCUUCUGAGGACCUGGAAAGGCUGACAACAUACGGCUUCCGUGGGGAAGCUUUGGGAUCGAUUUGCAGCAUAUCAGAAGUUUUGGUCACCACAAAGACAGCUGCUGAUGAUUUCAGCAUGCAGUAUGCUUUGGAUAGCAAUGGACGUGUAACCUUUAAAAAGCCUUCCCAUCUUGGGCAAGGUACUACAGUAACAGUCCUAAAUUUGUUUAAGAAUCUUCCUGUAAGAAAGCAGUUUUACUCAACAAAUAGAAAGUGUAAGGAAGAACUGAAAAAAGUCCAAGAUCUACUGACAGCAUAUGGUAUCAUAAAACCAGACCUGAGGAUAACAUUAACACAUAAUAAGGCAGUUAUUUGGCAGAAGACCAGGGUAUCAGAUCACAAAAUGGCCUGUAUGUCAGUUCUGGGAACAGCCGUUAUGAGCAGUAUGGUACCUUUUCAACACUGCUGCGAAUAUCCUGAGAUAAAUCUUUCGGGAUUUCUCCCAAAAGCUGAGUCAGACACUUCUUUAACAAGCCUUUCAAGUUCAGAAAGGAGUUUCAUUUUUAUAAAUAAUCGUCCAGUUCUUCAGAAAGAAAUACUGAAGUUAAUUCGACAAUACUACAGUCAGGUGACACAAAAGGACUGUACUCGUUUAUAUCCUGUUUUCUUUUUGAGCAUUUCUGUACCUGCCUCUGCUGUGGAUGUGAAUAUAACACCUGAUAAAACACAAGUUUUGCUGCAUUAUAAGUUUUUUAUCUUGCUCAUUUCCAUCACUUGGUGCAAAGUUGAAUUGGAAACAUGGACCAUGAAAGCACAUCCACAUGAAAUUGGAUGUUGCUGGUGCACUUGUUUUGGCUGUAAACUUCUAACUACAAAUAAGGAAUCUGUCUUACUUGCAGUUGAAAAUGUGUUGAAAUCGCUGUAUGGGCCACUACCUGCUGCAGUCCCUGGUGAAAGCAAUAAAACAGAUGUUACCUCAGAAGACAUGUUUGUUCAUAGAACAGACCAAACAGAUGUGGCUGUUAGUGAAAAGGGACCAUCUGGAAAUGAUGAGCUACAUGCUCAUACUUCAUUCCUUUCACUCAGCAGUGAUGUGCAGAGCUGUCAAGCAGGAAAAAACGCAGAGAUCUGCUUAAAUCAUCAGACAUUUAGUGGUGAUAAUGUACACAGUUGCCUGGACAAAAGAGAGGCUUCUAAGAGUGAUGCCUUUUCAGACAGUUGCUUAAAUUUAUUGUGUGAGGAGGAACAGAAUGGACAGAAUAUGGCUGAUAUUCAAAGUAAUAGUGUUCCUGUGGACCCCGAGUCUAAAAAAGCCAAUGAGCAUGUUUUGAGUUCUGAUAAUAUUGACAAAAUAGAUAAAAAUGAGGAAGCCUUAGUCCCUAAGGACCUACCUGAAAUCUCUGCUGAUAGUUGGAGUAUGGGAAAUGCAUUUAAAGACAGUCUGGGAGACAAGCUGGAACCUGUUAAGAUCUUGAUUCCUGAAGCUGGAGGGACAACUAAUAAGCAAAAUGAAUACACUGGUGAAAAAAGCAGUGAACCACAAAGCUCAAAUCAAAGCAUAAAGAAAAAAAAUGUGAUAAGUGAAAAAUUUGGACGUGUGACAGCUUAUGACUUAAUUAAUAGCAAAAUAAUUAAGAAACCAAAGUCUGCAUUUGAAUUUUUCACACAUGAGUGUCGUCCAAAAUUGAUAGAUGAUAAUCCAAAGACCAGCAUGAAUGACAUCCUGCUGACAAUUGAAGAGCAGUGGAAGAAUUUGAAUGAAGAGUCAAAACAGAAUUAUGAAAUAAAAGCCACUAAGGAUCAGGAACGGUACAACAGAGAGGUCAAGAAAGCCAAUGCACAGCCAAUGCACCGACCAGCAAAGGAGGCAGAAAAACACAAAGCCAAGCUGAAGAGUUCUGCAUCUGACCAACAGAAGCUUGACAAGAUAUUUCAUAACCAGAUUGAAAAGAAGGGGAAGCUGGAACAGCCUGUGAAAACUGUGACAGUGCCUUUUUCUCUGAGUUCCUGUAGACGUCACCUUCAGAGACGGGAGAGAAAUGUUUCAGAUGAACAUGAGCUUUUCCUCAUCCGUCGUCAGAGUUUUCCUGAUGUCUGGAUACUUGCUACUGAAAAAAAUGUCAAGUUGCUGAAUCCAUAUAGACUGGAAGAGGCCUUGCUAUGUAAGAGAUUAUUGGUGAACCAUAAGCUUCCAGUAGAGAAACUGGACAAUCCAAUUGUGUUAACAGACAGUCUUAUUGGUGGAUCUCAGUAUAUGGCUGCUCUUCAUAAAAUGCAGAGGAAUUACCUGAGUUUCCGUGGAUCAGGUUAUUUGUCAGAUCCAAGGCUUGUAGCAAAUGGAUUCCAGAUAAAAGUGAUAGAAGGUGUUUCGGCUACAGAAAGUCAUCUGGAAAUAGAAGGGAUGGCAAAUUGUCUGCCAUAUUAUGGAAUUUCUGAUUUGAAAGAAAUUCUGAAUGCAGUAGUUAACAGAAAUGCAAAGGAAGUAUAUGAAUGUAGGCCUCUCAAAGUGAUAAAUUACUUGGAGGGAGAAGCAGUACGUUUAGCUCGGCAGCUGCCCUUACAUUUGUCAAAAGAAGAUGUGCAAAACACAAUUUACAGGAUGAAGCAACAGCUUGGAAAGGAAAAUAAAGGCUGCGUUCAUGGUCGUCCUUUUUUUCAUCACUUAACAGAUAUUCCAGAAGUUGACAAGCACAACUCCAUGGAAAUUGUUCAGUAAAUGGAACAUUUUGUUUGGGGUCAUACUUCUCUUGCUUAAUUUUGAUCACUACUCUGUAAUUUCAGUAUGUUUUGUGCAAAGGUUUUGUUUAAUGACUUUUCAUUGUUACACGUUCACCUCCUAAAGACUUUAUUUAAAUAAAAAUUCUAUUUGAAAGCAGAAAAAAUACUAUAGAAAAACAACUCACCACUAUUUUUUAAAAAAAUUUAUUAAAGAAAUGUUCUCAACUGGUUU